UCUUGCGGGCGACGGUUCGUCUCGUUGUCGUGCUCUUAAAACGCGCCUUUUCUUCAAGUGCAGUGAGUGUCUGUGAAAGUAUCUCGUGUGCCUAACCAUGACCAAAUACAACAAUGCCAAUGACAUGCAUGCCAUGCCCGGCAACACAAUCAAACAGGAGUACAACAAUUACGCCCAGUCAACAGGCUACAGCUAUAAUAGCAAUACCCUCACGCAUCCUCACCAGACACUGCAGCAUUUCUUUAGUCGCUUCAAUGCCGUCGGCGAUGGCAGCAAUAGCAACGUUUGCAAUUUCAACAACAGAAACCAUCAACAGUCUACGGAUACGGGCAAACAGCAUUCCAUGACGCUGACGCCCUCGCCUGUCUACACUACGGAUUACGAUGAUGACGACAGCAGUCUUAGCUCCGAGGAGCAUGUGUUAGCUCCGCUUGUCUGCGCCUCGGCGCAAAGCUCGCGUCCUUGCCUCACCUGGGCCUGCAAAGCCUGCAAGAAGAAGAGCGUCACAGUUGAUCGACGUAAAGCGGCCACAAUGCGCGAGCGUCGCCGACUGCGUAAGGUUAAUGAGGCCUUUGAGAUAUUGAAAAGACGCACAUCAUCCAAUCCCAAUCAGCGUUUGCCCAAAGUGGAGAUACUACGCAAUGCCAUAGAAUAUAUUGAAAGCCUGGAGGAUCUGCUACAGGAGUCCACGCCUACGAGAGAUGGCGACAAUAUGGCGUCUAGCUUUGGCAGCAAAGGCUGCCAAUCGGAUUAUCUGAACUCUUAUGCUGGUGCAGCGUAUUUGGAAGAUAAACUCAUCUUCUAUAACAGACAUAUGGAGAAAUAUGCGCAGUUUUCAGACUUUGAUAGCAGCGCCAGCGCAAAUGGCUCCAGUCUGGAUUGUCUAAAUCUCAUAGUGCAAAGCAUUAACAAAAGCACAACCAACGCUAUGCAAAUUCCAAGCAAAUCCAGCGCAUCAACCAGCACAGCAGCAACCACAAGCACAACAGCAACAGCCACAGCAGCAACAACAAGUUUGCAUGCAAAUUUCAAACAAAAAUGCAGCACCUAACAUUAAGCCAAAACUCUCUCAG